ACCUUUUCUCCCCCUUCUCUCGCUCCCAAGCUCACAACUCCACUUCCAAACAAGAAAAGCUCUCCAAGCCAAGAUGAGGAAACGCGACCUCGUCCUGCCCUGCUUCCUCUUCCUCCUGGCCGCCGCCGGCUCAGCGUCGGCGUCGCCCGUGAGCCCGGCCGUGGCGGCGGAGUUCGUGCGCCGCUCCUGCCGCUCCACGACCUUCCCGCGGGCCUGCGAGCGGAGCCUCAUGCCGCGGGCGCCGGCCGUGGGCCGCAGCCCGCGCCGGCUCGCGCACGCCGCGCUCGCCGUGGCCGCCGAGUGCGCCCGCAACGCCUCCGCCUACAUCGGCCCCCCUCCCAAACGCGGCGCCGGCGGGGGCGCCAUGGGGGACUGCGCGGAGACGGCGCGCGACGCGGCGGACCUGCUGCGGCAGGCGGCGGCGGAGCUGGGCGCGCGCAACAUGGGCCGCGCGUCCAGCCCGCGCUUCGCGUGGCGGCUCGCCAACGCGCAGACCUGGGCCAGCGCCGCGCUCACCGACGCCGACACCUGCCUCGACUCCCUCGCCACCUACAGCAGCGGCGCCCCGCGCGACGACGUCAAGCGGAGGGUCGUCGCCGUCGAGCAGGCCACCAGCAACGCGCUCGCCCUCGUCAACCGCCUCCAGCCGCCCCGCCGCCGCCACCAGAUGCUCAGCUAA